CACCCCCACAAGCCAAACCAUUCUCCUACCAAAAAAAAAACCUCCUCUCGUUUCUCUCUUUGUUUCCACCGGCGCCGUCCUCAUUUCUCUCCUUUGAACCCAUAAUUCUUGCACAUAUAGCACCAUUUUUGGCCGAAGUAUUUUUCUUUUCAGUCCUCUGUUCUGUAAUGGCAACGGCACCGGUCAAGUCACAGCCACUGCAUUAUUUCUCUUUACCCCAGUUGAAAUGGGGCCAAAAAAGUCACACUAACACCAACCACCGCUUCCGCCGCCGCGAGUCUCCUUCGUCUACAGCCGAUAACCACCUCAGCCCACUCCAACCCGCCGACUUGAACGGUGGUUCUGACUCCGACAAGCUCCCAGUAGAAGAACAAAGACAAGAAAAACAUGUAGAAGAAGAAGAAGGGCUAAAAGAGGAAAAAGUGUUGUGGAAUUUAAGGCCAAGAAAGAGUGUAAUGAAGGUGGGGUUAGAGGCUGAAACGGCGCCGUUAAAGAAGAACGUUGAAAUGGAAGUUGAAAGCAGUAAUCAUAUAAGGUCGCAGAGGGUGAGAGAUAAUAACGUGGAUAAUGGGCAUGGAUUCGGGUCGGGUAAGAAAGAGAAAAAGAAAAAGUUAUGGAUCUCGUUGUCAAGGGAAGAGAUUGAGGAAGAUGUCUAUUCUAUGACUGGGUCAAGACCCGCUAGGAGACCCAAGAGACGAUCCAAGACAAUUCAAAAACAACUCGAUAAUGUUUUCCCUGGAAUGUAUUUAGUAGGUCUCACGGCUGAUUCGUUCAGAGUUAAUGAUACUACGAAGUAGAUAUGGCAUAGCUGGUGUAUCCAAACUUUUCCUUCUAUGGCAAAAGGUCUGGCCUUUCUCAUGUUGAGUAUUUGUGCUUUUGAUGGUUCUCUAUUAUGUUUGGAUUUAUUUUAUAGUGUUUUAAGGGCUUAAUAUUAUGGAUUGGAGAUUUUGCAAGGAUUGAGGAACCAAGGGGGAAAAGCUUAGAGCUUGAGCAUUGCUGCAUUUAUGCCUCAAUUUUGGAGGUAUAAUGUAUUGAAUUAUGUAGAAGCAAUAGGAUAGCAUCUUGGGAUUGUAUCUAGUGUUCGUCUAGUUUAUUUCAGUUAAAACUAUAUGGGUAUAUUUUGAAAGAUUUUGGUUGCAAUGGUGUAACCUAAUGUAUGUAAAGAAUAGAAUUUGAGAUAUGGAUGGACAGAAUUUGUUA